AUGGACGACUCUAAGGAAAUUGAUACUUCUGUUGAUAUUGCAACAAAGCUCACCUUAGAUGAAUCAGGUACAUCGGUUGAGCAGAAACUUUACAAAGGCAUGAUUGGCUCUCUCUUAUACCUCACAGUUAGUAGACCUGACAUAGCAUUUAGUGUGGGAUUGUGUGCAAGAUUUCAGUCUAAUCCUAAGGAGUCCCAUUUAAAAGCGAUAAAAAGGAUUUUGAGAUACUUAAAAGGAACAAGCGAACUAGGCCUGUGGUACCCAAGAGGCAGCAAUUUCAACUUGGUAGGAUAUACUGAUGCUGACUAUGCUGGGUGUAUGGUGGAUAGAGAAAGCACUAUAGGAAUGGCACAUUUUAUGGGGUCAUGCUUGAUCUCAUGGGCAACAAAGAAAUAA